GCUGCCGCUGCUGGUGGUGUGCCCAGCGUCCCAGGUAGGGGCUGUGGCGGUUAAAGAACAAGCGCUUUGUCCAUGCCUGGUAGUCAGAAGCACUGAAGCGACAACACUGGCUGUUUGCACCUUCUUCUCUUCAGUUUUUCCGCAAGACAAUUUUGUAGUAUUUGUUUCUUUUGUGCUAGCCCGACUGCUUCCCCCUCUAGCGUCUACUGACAGUCGAGAGAGCGCGAUUCUGUUCUGCCCCUUUGCUACUGCGAGCAAGCGCAUCAUUGCCUGACCAGCAUUAUUACUGCAGCAAAGGCCUGCGGCAGAUCCUGGGUUCCGACUAGAACCCUAUAUCACUACCGAAAAAGCCAUCACCACAUACAGCACCCAGAACGAUGGGCCGCGACAGAUUUGGCGAGCUGCAGGCCGGGAUGGACCCGGCGCCUGAGCAGACAGCCAUUGAGCUAGGCGAGUACGCUGGGACCCACAUAGGCACCAACACGACUGAGGGCCAGUUUUUUUACCUGAUGGACACGGCCAAAGACCAGAUCGAAGCUGUGAACCAGCGGAUCCAGCAGAUUGCACACCUGCACGACCAGGCGCUCGAAGCGACUAGCGAGGACGAAGCACCGACAGAUUUCAUCAAGCAGAACCUAGAUGUCCUGCAGCGGACUUUUGACGACCCAGCGCUGAGCAAGUCGCAGCGCGUGGCACGGGCUGCGCAGCAGCAGGCGGUGGCCCGGCAUUUCUCCGAGCUCCUGCAGAGGUACCGCCAGAUGGAGACGCAGUACUCGAACCGCAACAAGGAGCGGCUGGAGCGCCAGUACAGAAUUGCCCGGCCGGAUGCCACUGACGAGGAGAUUGCGGCGGCAAUUGAGAGCGACCAGGCGGGCCAGGUGUUUGCCCAGUCCGUGAUGCACUCGUCGCGGAUCGGCGAGGCCCGCCGCGUGCUGCGGGAUGUCGAGGAGAGACAGGCGGACAUCCGCAAGAUUGAAAAGACUGUCAACGAGCUGUCUGAGAUGUUCCUCGAGGUCAACGACAUGGUGAACCGGCAGCAGGAGAUGAUCGAUAGCAUCGAGAAUGCCGUUGAGGACACGCACGUACACGUUGAAGACGCACACAAGGAGGUCAAGAAGGCCAUCGUGUACCGCAUCAAGGCGCGCAAGAAGAUGUGGAUCAUCAUCUUCCUGGUCAUCCUCAUCAUCGUCAUCAUCAUCAUUAUUGUCUACUUUACCGUGAUCAAGAAAUGACGGCAGUGCCAUGCCCCGUUUCUUUUGCCCCUAGUGUUCCGCCCGUAUUUUUCUAUAAUAUUCCCCCCUUAGUCCGCUCUAUUUGUAAUGCGCAGCAACAGUGGUCCUAAAUAUAGGAGCUUAGUAGUUGCGGAAGCCAAGAGCUCUUGGGAUUCUUCCUGAGACUCUUGCACCAAGCCUUGGCGCCACCAGCCAACACUUUGUGCAAAGCUCCAAGCACACGUGGAUCAGCACUCACCUACACGAUCGUCACCCCGACGCCCUCAGCUGGCUAUUCAUAGCACUGUGGGCUUUCUUCGGCGACGAAAAAGCUUGGUCAGCUGCAGCCAUACGAGAGUGGUCCGCGCCUGCAUCUCAGCGUGGUUGAGCGCCCUCAACAUUUUCUUGCCAAAACAGAAGCGCGCUAUCGCCCAGUUCCUUUUGCAGCUUUGCACUUUGCGUUUCACACUCAGAUAUAUUUGUUUCCUGCUUAAUACUCAGCCAUGGGCCGCGA